ACAGACCAGAACAGAACCAGACAAAAAGCCCAACCCGAGACACAGAACAGAACAGAAAACCAGACAGAACCCCAGAAGACAGACACAGAACAGAAGCAACCAGAACCCAGCAGAACCAGCAGAACAGAACCCCCCCAGCCCCAGAACACAAAACCAGCGCCAGAACCCAGCAGACAGAGAACAGACAGACCAGACAGAAGAGCGACAGCAGAGCCCAGACAGCCAGACCGCAACAGAAGAGAACAGCCAGACAGAAACCAGACCAGCAGAACAGACAGACCCAGAACAGACAGGGAGAACAGCAGGAAACAGAACCACAGACCAGCCCAGAACAACAGAACAGACAGAACCCAGACCAGAACCCCAGUCAGACCCACAGAAACAGACCAACCAAAACCAGCAAGAACAGAGACAGACACCAGACAGAAAAGCCCAAAGGACCAGAACAGACAGAACAGAACCAGACCGGAAACACAAAGCAGCCCGAAAACCCCAGCAGAACAGACCAGAACCCCAGAAGACCAGAACACCAGACAGAACAGACAAGCAACCAGAACAAGAACCCCAGACGACAAGCAGACAAGAACAAGAACAGAAGACCAGAAACCAGACCAGAACAGACCAGAAGUGGUUGCCAGACAGACAGAACCAGAACACCAGACAGACACAACAGAACCAGAAACAACCAGCCAAGACCAGCAAAACAGACAGAACCCCCAGACACCAGAAUCCAGCAGAAACAAACCAGAACCAGAAACCGAGACAGCGCCAGACCCCAGCAACAGAACAGACCCAGGAAGCCAGACCCCAGCCAAGACCCAGACAGAACAGACAAAACCCAGACCAGAAACAGACCCAGCACAGAACACACGAAGCCAGACGACAGACAGAACCACAGAACGCCAGAAGCCAGAACCAAAAGAACCAGAACCCAGAGAUCGCAGAAACCGAACAACCAGAACAGACCCAACACCCAAGACCAAACCCAGACCAGAACCACGAGAAACAGAAGAAGACCCAGACACAGCCCCACCAGACCAGCCCCAGAACAGAACAACACAGAACCCGAAGACCAGAAAGCAGCAGCCAGAAGAACAGAACACAGCCCAGACAGAACCAACAGACAGAAACCAAGAAACAGAAGAACCCAGACGCCCGAGACAGAACCAGAAACAGACCAGAAAAGAACCAGAACAGACCCCACGAAAACCCCCAGACACCACGAGAACCAAAAACCAGAACAACCAAAGAAGCCCAGGCAGCAGACCAGACAGACCCAGACCGACAGACAGACACAGACCCAGAAGAACAGACACAGGACCAGAACCCGCAGGACGACAGAACAGGGCGCAGCAGAAACCAGACAAAACAGAAGCCCCCCGAACCCCAGCAGACAAACCCAAGAACAGACCAGAGCAGCAAAACAGAAGAAACCCCCCCGUGGCAACCAGCCAGACAAACAGACAGACCAAGACAGAAAGAACAGAAUCAAGGCAGAACCCAGACCCAGAAGAAGAACCAGACCAGAACCCCAGACCAGACAGAGAAAAACAGAAAGAGACAGACCAGCAGAACAGCCAGCAGACAGAACAGAACCAGACCAGAAACAGACUCCCCAGAGACAGAACCACAGAACAGACCACAGAGAAACCCACAGACAGACCCAAGAAAACGAGCCAGACAGCCCAGAAAACAGAAAGACCAGAACCGACAGCACCAGACAGACCAGACAGAACAAGACAGACCAGAACACCAAUGUCUCCAGAACAGAAGAACAGAGACCAGACAGACAGACCAGACAGAACAGACCCAGAAACAGACAGCCAGACAGAACCAGAAAGCCCAGAACAAACCAGAAGACACCAGAAACACCAGAACAGAGGAGAACCCGGGGCAGAAAGAACACCAGAACCCAGACAGAGAACCAGAAAGAGACCAGACAGAAGAACCCAAGAAAAGCCCAGACCAGACAGCACCCAGAGACCAGAACCGCCAGGACCAGACAAGAAGACCAAAACAGCAAGAACAGACCCCCAGAAACCCACCAGACAGACCCACAGAACCAGACAGAACAGAAACACCCAGCGACAGACCAGAACAAAGACAGCAGACAGACCGACCCAGACCAAACAGCAAGCAGACAGAGCAGACAGAACAGACCCCAGAAAGACCAGACAGACCAGCAGAAGCAACAGCCAGAACCCAGCCAGAAUCAGACCCCAGCAGACCGACCCCAGACAGACACCAAACCCAGAAACAGAACCAGAACGCAGACGCCAGACCAAGACAGAACCAGACAGACAGACCCGAAAGCAGAACACCCACAAACCCAGCAACAGAAACGCAGACCAGCCAAGAACCAGCAGAGCAGAAACAGACCCAGAACAGAACCAGAAACAGAACAGAGACCCAGACCAGCAGACCCAGACAAACAGCCCAGCACCCCGGCCCAGACCAGACCCAGACAGACAGAACAGCAGCAGAACCCAGACCCAGAGCAGACAGAGAAAAACCCAGACAGAACCCAGAACCAGCAGAACCAGCAGACAGAACAGAACAGAAACAGAACCAGAACCACAGAACAAGACCCCAGACAGACAGACAGACCCGAAAAAGACAGGACCCCCCCCCAGAACAGAACCCAGAACAGAAAAAGCCCCAGAAACCAGAACCCCCAAAACCAGAAACCCAACCCACCCCCCAAAAAACCCCCAGACAGACCAGAAAACCCAACCCCAGCCCCCAAAAACCCCAAAACAGCCCCCCGGGAAACAGACAGACCCCCAGAAAAACAGAACCAGCAGAACCAGAGACCACAAAACCCCGCACCAGAACAGCCCAAAACCAGCACCAGACCCCCAGAAAGACCCCAGACCAGACCCAGCCAGAACAAAACCAGACAGAAACCCCAGACCCAGACCCCCAGAACCAGACAAAACAGACCCAGGAAGCCAAAACCCCAGAAGACCCGGGCAACCAGACCAGACAGAACCACCAGAAUCAGCAGCCCCCCCAAACCCCCAGCCAGCACCGCAGACAGAGCAGAAGCCCACCAGACCGCCAGACCCAGCCACAGCAGAACGAAAACAAAACCAGACAGCACCCAAAAGCCCAAAAGAGACCAGACCAGCAGAACCCAGAAAACAGACCACCAGCAGCCCCAGCCCAGACCCAGCCACCAGAAAGAAAACAGACAGCAGAACAGACAGACAGACCAACAGCCCAGCAAACAGACAGCCAGCCCAGAACCAGACAACCAGAACAGAAAGACCAGACCCCCAGAAGACCAGACCCCCCCAAACCCCACCAGAACCAAAAGCCCCCAGAAGAACAGACCCAGAGAACAGCCCCCGACAGAAGACAGAACAAACAGACAGCCAGCAAAGACCCACCCCCAGACCAGACAGACAAAAACCAGAAAACCACAACCAGCAGAAAACAGACCAGCCCCAGAACAGACCAGCAGAACCACAGACAGAACAGACCCAGACCAAAAACCCAGAAACAGAACGACCAGACCCAGACCAGAACAGACCAGACAGACAGCAAGAACAGACAGACAGAACCAGACCAGAAGAACCAGAGCCAGAACAGCCAGACAGACCACCAGCCCCAGAACACAGACAGACAACCACCAGACCCCAGAACAGACCCCCCAGAACAGAACGCAGAAAGACCCCCCAGACCCAGAACAGAACCCGCAGACACAGAACAGCAAACAGACAGACAGAUCAGAACCAGAACAGGAACAGCCCCCAGACACCAGAACAACAAGAGAGAACCCCCAGGACAGAAGACCAAGAAGACCAGACCACAGACCCCCAGACAGAACCACCAGAACCAGACAGACAGAAACCCGAACAGAACCCAAGAAGAAGAGAAACUCCAGACCACAGACAGAGCGACCAGAGAAGCAGACCCACAGACCCAGCAGAAACCACAGCCAGAACCACCAGAGCCAGACAAACAGGACCAGACCCGACACCCACAGAACCAGACAGAACAGAACAGAGAACAGAACACCCAGAACCCCCAAACAGCAGACCAGAACCAGAGCAGAACAGAAGCGCCCAGAACCCAGACCAGCAGAACAGACGAAGACCAGACAGAAGCCCCAGAACCCAAGACCGACAGAAAGAACCAGGACCAGACAGACCCAGAACACAGAAACAAGACAGAACAGAAAAACCAGACCAGACAGAAACAGACCCGCCAGACAGAAACAGACCAGACCAGAAGACGACCGCAACCAAACAGACCAGAAAACCCAGACCAGACAGAAAGCAGAACCAAAACAGAAAACAACCCAGCAGAACCCACCAGAGCAGACAAAGAACAGAACCAGCCAGAAAGACAGAAACAGAACCAGACAGAACCCCAGAAACAGCAGAAAGAAGCCAGAACAGAACCGCAGAAAACAGAACAGACCCAGACAGCAACCCACAGACCAGAACAACCCCAGACCAGAGCAAGCCACAGCAGCCCACCGACACAACCAGACAACAGCAGCAGACAGAACACCCCAGAAGCCAGACCAGCAAGACCAGACCCAGAACAAGCCCCCAGACAGCCAGAACAGAACAGAACAGAACAGAACCAGACAGACCCGACACCAGAAGACAGACCCACCAGAACACCAGACAGAAAAGACAAACAGACAGCAGACCAGAAGACCGCAGAAGACCCACCAGCCCCAGAAAACCGACCAGAGCAGAAUCCCAGACAGACGACCCACCCCAGAAAACCAGAACCCAGACAGAAAGACAAGACACAGACAGACAGAAAGCCCAGCCCAGACCAGACCCAGACCAGCCCCACAGACAGACAAGCAGAAAAAACCAGACACAAGACCAGACAGAACAGACCGCAGAACAGAGCCAAAACCAGACAGACACAGACCCAGCAGACAGACAGACAACAGACAGCACCAGAACCAGACAGAAUCAGACAGAACCAGACAGAAAGCCCAGAACAGCAGAACCGCCAGAACAGCCAACCCAACAGACCAGAAAGAACGCAGAACCCACCAGAACCCAGCCCCAGACGACAGACAAACCAGCCCAGACCAGAAGAAACCACCAGAACCAGACCAAGACAGACAGCCGCAGACACAGAACCAGACACAGACAGACAGAACAGAACAAGACCCAGAAACACCCAAAACAGAACCCAAGCAGCAGAAACCAGACCCAGACCAGACAGACCCGAACAGAGAGACAGAAAGACCCAAGACCCCAGAACCCAGACCCCCAGCCACAGCGCCAGAACAGACAGCAGAACAGCCAGAACAACAGAAACCAGACAAGAACCCAGACCAGAACAAGCCAGAGGCUACAGAGAAUCAGACAAAAGACCCAGAACCAGCAGACCCCACCAACAGAACCAGACAGAGCAACAGACCCAGACCAGAACACCAACCAGAACAGCAGAACCCGAACAGACAGACCAGACAGCAGACAGAGACAGAACCAGACACCCAGACCGAAACCCAGCCAGCACAGACCCAGAACACCAGGGAGAACGCAGACCCCCCAGACCAGCACCAGACCACAGACCCAGAACAAACAGAACAGACACCAGCCAGAACCAGACCAGAAAAGCAGAACAGCCAGAACAGACCCCAGAACCCAGAAACCCAGACAGACAGACACAGACCGAACCCCAGAAACCAGAACCACAGAAGAAAAGACCAGCCCCAACCAGAACCCCAGAAGACAGCAGAACAAACAGAAAAAACAGACAGAACAGAAGCCAGACCAGAAAGAAACAGCAGCCCAAGCAGAACCAGACAGAACAGCAGAACCGACCAGACAGAAACAGCAACCACAGCCAGACAGCAGAACACGCCCAGCAACCCAGACAAGAACGACAGCAGCAGAAACCAGAAAGCCAGAACAGACAGCCCCGACAGAACAGACCAGCAGACAGACAGAACCGGCCCAGAAACAGACCAGACAGACCAGAACAAGCCGCGCAGCAGACCAGCCAGAAAGAACCAGACCAGACCAGACGAACCAGAACAGAACAGCCAGACAGACAAGACAGCACCCAGACCCAGACACACCCAAGAAGCAGAACCAGAACAGAAAUCCGCCCAGAACGCAGACCAGAAGCAGACCAGACAGAACCAGAACCAGCAAACAAGAACCCACAGAAAGACAGAAGAACAGACCCCCCACAGAACAGCCGACCAGAACCGAAGCAGAACAAAAACCAGAAGACAGCAGAAGCACAGCACCAAGAACCAGAACAAGACAGACCAAAACAAAGCAAGACAGGACCCAGACAGACAGCCAGCAGAACCAAAAAGACAGAAACAGAGCCAGAAGACCCAAACACAGACAGCACCAGAACCAGACAAAGACAGAGACCAGACAGACACACAGACAGAAACAGAAGACAGAACCCAACAGAACCAGACCGCCACCAAAGCAGACAAACAGAACCCCCAGAACCAGACCAGCCCAAAACCAGAAGACAGCCCCCCAGCAGACAGACACCAGCAGCCCCAGAACAGCAGAACAGCAGACCAGAACCCAGCAAAACCGCAGCCAGACCAGCCAGAAACAGAGACCCAGCAGACCAGACAGACAGACCAGACAAACCAGACAGACAGCAGACAGGAAAAGAACCAGAACAAAGACCAGAAACCAAACAGAACGCCACAAAAGAAGAGCCAGAAGACAGAGCCAGAACAGAAAGACCAACCCAGACAGAACCAGAACAGACAACCAACCACCCAGCAGACGCGACAGCGAACGCAGAAGCAGACAGACCAGACAGACCCAGCCCCCAGAACAGACCAGACCAGACCAGACCAGAAGCCAGAAUCCAGAAAACGAACGACAGAACAGACAGACCAGAACCCCAGGAAACAGACAGAAACAGCAGACAACAGAGACAAAACCCAGACCAGAAAAAGACCAGAAAACAACACCAAAACCAAGAACACCCAGCAGCAGACCCAAAAACAGCCCCAGACAGAGGGCCAAAAAGCAAAAAGACCCCCCCCAGACAGAGCCCCAGAACCAGAACCACAGACCAGAACAGAAAGCACCCAGAACAGAAAAGCGGGCCCAGACCCCAGACCAGAAAGACAAAAAACAACAGCAGGAAAACAGCCAGAACAAAAACCCCCAGGAACCACCCCCAGACCAGAACAAGAAAAACCCGGGCAGAACCCAGCCCAGAAACAGAAGAAAACCAGAAACCCCCAGCAGAAAAACAAAAACCCAAAAGGGGCCAGAACCGGGACAGCCCAGCAGCCCCAAGGAACCCCAGAAAAAACCAAAGAACCCACCCAGCGGGCCAGCCCCCAAGCCAGGACACAGAAAAAAACCCAAACCCCAGGGGGCAGCGGGAACAGAACCCCGGCCAGCCAGACAGAACAGAACAGCAGAACAGCAAAAAGACCCAGAAACCCAAAACCCGGGCCCAGAAAACACCCCAGCCCCAGCAGCAGCCCCCAGAAGAAAAACCAGAAGAAAACCAGAACGAAAAGAACAGAAACAGAACGGGGAACCCAAACCCCAAAAAAACAGAACCAAGAAAAAGAACAAAAACCAGCCCCCAGAAAAAACAGCCCCCCAGAACGGGACAGAACCAGAAAACAGAAAAGGAAAAAAAAGAAAAGCCAAAACAGCAGACCAAAACCCAAAAAAACCAGACAGAAACCCAAAAACCAGCCCAACCCUCCGGGAACCGGGACCCAGAAAACCCAAAAAAGAACCGGGCAAACACAGAAAAGCAAAAACCCACCAGAAAGCAAGGGGCCCGGAAAACCCCCCCAGCCCCCAGAAACCAAGAAAAGCCCAAAACCCGGCAGCCAGCCCAAAACCCGGAAAAACCAGAAGCGGGCAGCCCAGAAAAAGGACAAAACCCAACCCAAAACAGCCCCAGACAGAAAAAAAGCCGGGAACAAGCAGAACAGAACAGAGAACAAAAAACCCAAAACCAGAACACCAGAACCCCCCAAAAGAACAAAAUUCCCAGCCAGAAAACCACGGGCAGAAACAGAAACCCGGGAAACAGAGCAAAGGGGACACCCCAAGGCCCCCCCAAAACCCACCCCCAGAUCAAAAGCCAGACGACAGAAAAGCAGAAGACAGAAGCAGAAGCCCAGACAGACCCAGCCCAGAACACAGCAACCCCAGACAGACACAGACAAGAAAAGUCAGACAGACAGGAGAACCCAGACCACAGAACAGACAAAACCAAAACAGACCAGAACAGCCAGAAGACAGACAGACAGACGAAGCAGCAGACCCAGAACAGCCCAGCAGACACAGCGGGCAGACCCCGCAGACCGACAGAACAGACCAAGACAAGCAGCCGCAGACAGCCCAGAAAGACCAGACAGCCCCAGAACAGAAGAAACCCCGCAGACCAGCAGAACAGCCCAGACCAGACCAAGGAACCCCAGACAGCCAGACCACAGAACCAGAACCCAGAACAGACAGACCAGCAGAACAGAACACCCCCCCCAGACCCAGAACAGAACCAGACAGCCAGAAAUCAAAACCCAGAACCACAGACCCACGGGAAAACCCCCAGCCAGAGACAGAAGCCAGACAGAACAGACAAACAGCCCCAAAGCAGACGGGCAGACAGCAGACAGAACGGGGCCCCAGAACAGAAAACCAGCACAAGCCAGACAGCCCAGAAGACAGAGCCCCCCCAGACCAGAAAGAACAGACAGACCAGAAGGCAGAGCCGCACCAGAAGAGCCCCCCCACCCGAACAGACACAGAAGCCCAGAACAGAGCCCAGAACCAGAACCAACAGACAAAACCCAGCAGACCCAGACCAGAACAGAACCAGAACACAAACCCGCCAACAAAACCCAGCCAGAACAGCAGACAGACAGAACAGACAGGCAGACAGAAACCAGAAGCCAGAAGCCCAGAAAGCAACCAGAACAGAGAAAGAACAACAGACCCAGACAGACGAACCAGCAACCAACAGACACACAAGAAAGAACCCAGCCAGACCCAGACAGACACCAGAAAGACCAGACCAGAGAACAGACCCCAGCAGACAGACAGACACCCCAGACCAGCCAAAGGCAGGAGCAGAAAACCCACAGACAGACCAGAACCAGCCCAGCCCCCAGCCAGAGCAGGCAGAACCAGACAGCAAGCCAGCCCAGACAAAACCAACCAGCCAAGAGAACAGAACCCAGAAGAUCCCAGAAGAACAGAACCAGCCAGACACCAGCAGCAGAAAAGAGACCCAGAACAGACCAAAACACCAGCCCAGCCAGAGCACACCCCAAGGGACAACAGAACAAAACAGCCCAGAACAGACACACAAAAAACAGACGGGAAAAACAGCAGACCCAGAACCAGAAAGCCAGCCAGAGACCCCAGACCCAGGAGCAGCAGACCAGAACACCCCAAAAACCGGGAAAACAGACCACACCCAGAGAACAGAAAACCCCAGAAAACCAGAACAGCCAGAACCCAAGUCCCAGACAGGAACCAGCCAGACCAGCAAGCCCCCCAAGACAGAACCAGACCAGAAACAACCAGAAGCCAGACAGAAGACCGGCAGCAGACCAGACCAAAGCAGACCGGGAACCAACAAAACCCAAAGCCCAAACCAAAACCCAGACAGACCAGACAAAACAGAAACCAGAAGACCCACCCAGAACCAAGAAGCAGAAACAAACCAGACCAGAACAAAACAGACAAGAAAAACCAAAACAGACAAGAAGAGACCCAGACAGCAGACCAGACAGAACGGGGCCCAAGUCCAGACAGAAACCCAGCAAAACCACCGGGCAGCCAGACAGACAAAAAACAGACCAGCCCAAGACCCAGCAGACACCCCAGAAGACAGACAGAAGACCCCCCAGACCCCCGGGAAAUCCAGUUUACCCAGACAGAAACCAGAACCAGACCAAGAAGAACCAGAAAACCCACGAACCCAAACAAAACAGACCAGCCAGCAAACCAGACACCACCAGACAGAAGCCCAGACCCAGCAGACCCCCCCAACCCAGAACCAGACCAGAACCCAGACAGCAAAACCAAAGCAAACAGCCAAAAAACAGACAAACAGACAGAACGGGGCCAGAGGAGUCCCAGAACCAACCAAACCCAGAAAACGCCAACCGCAGACCCCAAACAGCCAGGCGGACAGCACAGCACAACAGACCACCCAGACACAGACAGACAGACCAGCCCCACCAAACAGCAGAAGACGGGUCAGAUCCCCAAGAUCCCCAGCAGAAACCAGAUACCGGGCCAACAGACCAGACCACACCCAGAAAACAGGGACACCAAACCCCCGAAAGGACAGACAGACCCCCCCCAAAACCACCAAAACACAAAACCAGGAAGAAGACAGACCCCAGACCCCACAGACACGACCCCAGAAGCGGCAACAGCAGCCACAGACCAAACAGCCCAGAACAGAAACCAGCAGAAACAGACCCCAGAAAAAGAACCAGACCCAGACCAGACAGAACCAGACAGGCAGACCCAGGACCCACAAACCACAGACCAGACCAGACCCAAGACAGACCGCAGACAAAACCCCCAAAAACCAGACAGAAGACCAGAACAGACACCCAACCCCCCAGAACCCCCCCAGACAGACCCAGAAAGAACAGAACCAGACCCAGAACAGACACAGACCCACCAACCAGACCCCAAAACCCCAGACAGCCCAGAACAGAACCAGAACAAACAGCCAGACCACAAAACCCAAAACGGGCCAGACACAACCACCCAGAAAAAAGAAGAACAGCAGCCGGGAAAAAAACAGACCCAGACCAGCCAGAGAGGCCAGACAGAAAAGCAGAAACCAGAAAGCAGCAGACCAACCAAACAGAAGCCAGACCCCAAAACAGACCACAGAACAGACAGACAAACCAAAAACCGGGAAGAACCACAGACCCAGACAGACAAAACCAGACCAAGACAGCAGACAACAGAAAGAAAGCAGAAGACCCAGCCAGAACAAAACCAAGCCAGACAGGGGCAAGCCCGUCAGACAGAACCCAGAACCAGACCAAAGCAGAAGCAAGACCCCCACAGCCCAGAACAAACAGCCAGACAGACGGGGGCCCCCAAAAAACAGCCCAGCAGACCCAGCCCCAGCAGAACCAGAGCAGAACCAAGACCAGACCAGACCCGACAGAACCCAGACAGCCAGCCCAGAACCCAGAAGACAGCCAGAAGAGACCAGAAACCAGACCCAAGACAGAAAGCCCCCAGCCAGAACAGACACACCAGCAAAACCACAGAAUUCAGAACCCCAGACCAGCAGACAGAGCCAGCCAAGAAGCAGAAACCAGCCCAAAACCAGAACAAGCCAGACCCCCAGAACAGAAAAACACCCCCAGAAACCCAGCCCAGAAGAACCCCAGACCAAAACCCCCAGAAAGAAAGCACCAGAACAAGCAGAACCGACAGCCCAGACAGCACGACAGCCAAGAAGCAGCCACCCACCAGACAGCACAGACACCCCAGCAACCCCCAGACCAAGACCCAGAACCAGAACCGGAGCAGGCCAGCCCAGACAGAACCAGACCAGACCCCCAGACAGAAGAAGACCCAGAUCAGACAGCAAAACCAAAACCCGAAACCCAGCAGCAGACAGCCCCCCAGAAGCAGCCCAAAAUCAAAGAGAGACCAGCCAGACAGACCAGACAGAACAGCAGAACCAGAACCACCCAGAAAGCCACCCAAAGACCGCCAGCCCAGACCAGAGACCACAGCCCAACCCAGCCAGAACCCAGAACAAGACCAACAGACAGACAGAACGACCAGACAGAACAGAAGGCAAGAAAGAACAGCCCCAGACAGACAGACCAGGAACAGAACAGGACCAGAACCAGAAUGCGAAGCAGCAGAAGACCCCAGACCAGACAGCCCAGACCAGAACAGACAGAACAGAGUUGCAGAAACACCAGAACAGGAAGAACCAGAACAGACAGAAUAGACAGACGACCUUCAGAACCCCAGACAGAACAGAAUUAGAACAGACCCACAGCCCAGACAGCCAGAAAGACAGACAGACAGACCAGACCAGAUGGUGGCACCCCCAGAAGACACAGCAGCCCCAGACCAGAACAGAACCAGAACCAGAACCCCAGCAGAAGGCAGAACCCCCAGAACCCCCAGACAGACAGACCCAUUCAGACAGCCAGAACCAGACAGGGGGGGCCCGCAGACCCCCCACAGACAGACAGAACCCCCAGGACAGAACGAUAUCAGAACAGAACCAAGCCCGACAGAAUUCAGCAGCCAGAACAGACAGAAGAACAGAACCGUGCCAGACCCACGCAGACAGAACACCCUGCGCAGACAGACCAGGCAGACAAGACAGCCAGAACAGACCCAGACCAGAGAAGACCCAGACCCCCCAGACAGAAAGAAGACGGCCCCAGAGACCAGGACAGAACCAGACAGACAGCAGACCCCCUCAGCAGACAGACAGGUCAGAAUUCCCAGAAAGAAGACAGAAGAACCAGACCCCAGCAGACCAGCAGACCAGAAUCAGGACCCAGAAGAACCAGGGAAACCAGCCAGCCCCCAGACCAGAACCCAGACAGCAGGACAGACCCAUUUUUUUUUUUUUUUGCAGUACACAGACAGAACUCAGAACAGAUCAGAAAGACAGCCCAGACCCAGAACCAGAACAGAAAGACCAGACAGAACGCCCCAGAACAGGACCAGAACCCCCAGACCAGCCCAGACCCCUAGCCCAGACAGAACCCCAGAGAAUCAGAACAGAACCCAGGAAAUCCAGUGUUCCCAGACAGACCGAAGACAGAGCAGCCCCCCAGCGUUUGUCAGACAGGCAGGAAGUCCACCCAGCCAGCAGACCAGAACAACAGACCAGAACCAGACCAGACAGAUCAAACCCCAGACCCCACAGAACCCCAGAAGAACCAGCAGACAGAUUCCAGACAGACAGCAGACAGCCCAGACCCCAGACCAGGACCAGACCACCCAGACCAGACAGACCACCACCAGAGAACCCAGAACAGAACCAGACAGAGGGCAGACAGAAUACAGAACAGGACAGAACCCCCAGUCAGACAGAACAGACAGAACCCAGCAAGACCAGACAGGCAGACAGACCCCCAGCCGACAGAAACCAGAAUUCCCCCCCAGAAUUUCCCCAGAACAGAAAGCAGACAGCAGAACCAGACCAGCAGAAAGACAAGCCAGAAGGAACCUCCAGACAGACCAGACAGACCCAGAAUUCCCAGACCAGAAAGAACAGAACAGAAUCCCAGAGACCAGACCUGCGACAGAAGCAGGAACCAGACCAGAACAGAACAGAAGCACAGACAGACCAGGACCAAAACAGGCAGACCCGCCAGACCAGACAGACAGCAGACCUGUGGCCAGCCAGACAGCAGAACCAAGAACCAGACCAGAACCCCAGAUCAGACCGACCAGAAUCAGAACCCAGACCAGAACUCAGACCAGACAGGGACCCCCAAGACAGACAGACGCCAGAAGACCCAGACCCAGACCAGGAAAGAAUUCAGAAACCCCAGACAGCCAGAAUCCCAGCCAGAACCAGACCAGAACAGACGUUCCAGACAGACUCAGACAGACAGAAUUCCCAGCCAGCCCAGACCCCAGCCUCUCAGACCCAGUUCCCAGCCAGACCAGACAGAACGACCAGCAGAACAGCCAGGAGCAGGACAGACCAGACCAGACAGACCAGAACAGACAGACACCCAGAACCCAGAAUGGCCAGAAGACCAGCAGAACAGACCCCCCACCAGGUUCAGAACCAGGCAACCCCAGAACCCCAGCCAGACAGAAGAACAGACAGGAGCAGAGGGUGCCCCAGACAGACAGAAUUACCCCCCAGCUGGUCCAGACAGAACCAGACAGAGCCAGCCCAGCAGAAAGCAGCAGACAGACAGACCCCAGACAGAACCGGUGUGCAGACAGACAAGAAACCCAGGACAGACAGAACCAGACUCCCAGACCCAGACAGAUUUGGUCCCCAGACCACCAGACCAGAAUUCCCCGUCAGAAACCCAGACAGCCCAGACAGAUCAGACACCCCGACCCCCCAGACCAGAACCCAGAACAGACAGAACCAGACAGCCCAGACAGACCAGCCCCCAGACCCAGACAAGACCAAGCAGGGGGCAGACAGAGACCCAGGAACAGAACAGAACUUCAGAACCCCAGAAAGACACCAGACCAGAACCACCCAGCCAGACAGAACACCGGUUCGGCACGCCUGCCAGACAGACGUUGGGGCAGACAGAAUUCAGACAGAACAGCCAGCCCCCGCCCAGACAGUGGGGACAGAACACCAGAACAGCAGAACAGAACCCAGCAGAAAGACAGAGACCAGACCACCAGCAGAAGGAACCCAGAAACAGACCAGACCAGACAGAACAGACCAGAACAGCCCCCAGACCAGAACAGAGACCAGACCAGCACAGACAGACCAGACACAGAACAGAACAGACCAGCCAGACCAGAAGCCCCCAGACCCAGACACCCCAGAAUCAGACCCAGCACAGCCCAGAAUUCAGAACCAGGAAUUGGGGCAAGACCUCCAGACUCCAGACAGAACAGAACCAGACCCCCCAGACCAGAACAGAACCAGACCCCAGACAGAACAGCAGCUGGACAGAAUGUCACCACCCAAGAACCAGCCCAGACAGGAUGUUUUUUCCAGACUCUCAGAAGAUCCCAGACCAGCAGACAGAAACCAGGACCCCAAGAAGCAGGCAGAAAGACCAGCCCCCAGCAGAACCCCUCCCCAGACAGACAGACCAGACAGACAGAAUCCUCAGAACUAG